AAACCCAACAGAGGUUUUGAUGGAUAACGUUUCGGUUUGCUGAAAUUUCCCCCCAAAACUGCAAAGGCAAUGGCUACGUCGCUCCUGCAUCCACCGCCGCACUGCAUCUUCACCAAUCACCAACACCGCCGCCGCCUCCAGCAGGUGACUCGGCGGAGGAGUGCUCCGGUGCUGCGUGCGGCUUUGAUUACUAACGAAGACGCAUUUUCUGCAAUUUCCACGUCCGGUUUCCCUCUCUUCCAAACCGCGCUCCCUUCCGAACCUACUCCUGCUUCUCAGUUGGAGCCAGCGGAUCCCGAUUUCUAUAAGAUAGGCUAUGUUAGGAAUAUGCGAGCUUAUGGAAUCGAGUUCAGAGAAGGUCCCGAUGGAUUUGGAGUUUAUGCGUCCAAAGAUAUCGCGCCUCUUCGCCGUUCUAGGUUGAUUAUGGAGAUUCCACUGGAAUUGAUGCUAACUAUAAGUCAAAAACUCCCUUGGAUGUUCUUCCCGGAUAUUAUACCAGUUGGUCAUCCGAUCUUCGACAUAAUCAACUCAACCAACCCCGAGACAGAUUGGGACCUGAGGUUGGCAUGUCUUCUCCUAUACGCGUUCGAUUGCAAGGAUAAUUUUUGGCAGCUGUAUGGCGACUUCUUACCUGCUGCUGAUGAGUGUACAAGCUUACUUCUAGCAACCGAGGAGGACCUUUUGGAGUUGCAGGAUAACGAACUUGCUUCUACAGUAAGACAACAGCAACAACGAGCUUUGGACUUUUGGGAGAAAAACUGGCACUCUGCAGUACCCCUUAAAGUAAAACGGCUUGCUCUAGAGCCUGAGAGAUUCCUGUGGGCCAUGAGUAUGGCGCAAUCUCGAUGUAUAAACAAGCAAAUCAGAGUUGGUGCUCUAACUCAAGAUACUAACAUGCUCAUCCCUUAUGCCGAUAUGUUAAAUCAUUCUUUCAAGCCGAAUUGUUUCUUCCACUGGCGUUUCAAGGAUCGAAUGCUUGAGGUCAUGAUAAAUGCUGGGCAAGGGGUCAAAAAGGGCGAUGAGAUGACCGUCAGUUACAUGAAUGGACAGAUGAAUAACUUCUUCAUGGAAAGAUAUGGGUUUUCAUCUCCAGUGAAUCCUUGGGAUGUUAUCCAGUUCUCUGGCAAUGCGCGGAUUCAUUUGGAUUCUUUCUUAUCCGUCUUCAAUAUAUCUGGCCUUCCCGAAGAAUACUAUCACAACAGCAAGCUAUCGUAUGAUGACGAGAGCUUUGUUGAUGGGGCCGUUAUCGCUGCUGCUAGAACAAUACCCACUUGGUCGGACGGGGACAUCCCUCCCAUUCCAAGCGCAGAAAGGAAAGCUGUGAAGGAGUUACAAGAAGAAUGCCAUCAAAUGCUUGCAGAGUUUCCAACAACUGCCGAGCAAGAUGAAGAAAUUCUAGAAUCGAUCCCUGAAGCUAGGAGGACGCAAGAGGCUGCUAUAAAAUAUAGGAUGCACCGGAAGCUGUUCAUGGAGAAAGUUAUUCAGGCACUGGAUAUUUACCAAGAGAGGUUAUUAUUUUAAUUUAGGAUCGAACAAGCUGUACAAAAUACAGCAAGAUUGAGAGAGAGGUAACAAAAUUACUUAGAAAUUUGUAUUGUUCUGUAAAUUGAAUGGAAAUAUAGAGCAUUUUCUCGUAGCA